AUGGCUCAGGCUGACGCCGCCACCGCCUCUGAGCCGGCCAACGCUAGCGCAACGGCGACGACCCCCAAGAAGACUGCUUCGGCACCCGAGAAGAAAUACAAAUGCCAGUAUUGCAAUCGAGCCUUCAGUCGAAGCGAACACCGAAGUCGACACGAGCGAUCGCACACUAAGGAGCGUCCUUUCAAAUGUCAGAAAUGUCGUAGCACCUUCGUCCGUCGAGAUCUGCUCCUACGCCACGACCGAACCGUACAUGCAAAGGAUGGCGGUGUGCCCCUUCAAUCCGAAGGUAGAAAGAGGACUGGGACAGGCGCAGGGACGAAGUCGACGCCUUCAACGGCCGCUCCGUCCAAGCCCUCGAUCAGUAUAGAUCCUGGAACGUUGGAGCAGAUUGAGGCUAGCAGCGACGCAGCAGCAGUGAACGGUCAUCUUCAGAACGGCGAAGGCUCGAUACCCGGCUACUCUCCCGAUCGCAGCUCUCUCCUCGAAUCGUCCGACUACCUCGCCGGUCCGAACGGUUUGCCGCAUAUGCCCUGGGACACCUUCAUGCCACAAGGUCCCUCAGAACCCAAGGCCCACUCCAUGUCGAGCAUCUCCUCCCACGAUAACCUGUCGCAGCCUCCAUUCGUCCACAUGGGAUCGAUCCAGCCGCAUCAGUCGCAAUUACCACCUAUCAUGGAACGCCAGAAUUCGCUCGGUAGCUCUCUUCCUCCGACCUUCCCGUCGUUGGCAGAUACGUUCCCGGUCUCUGGCACUCCCACGCCAAAUGCACUCUCUCCCUUCCCGUCGAUGACAGGUCCAGUGUCUCCUGUGAACUAUCGCAAGUCACCUGGUCCAGCCCAACCCCUUUCUUUGCCCAAAGCACCCCAGUUGAACAAUGAUGACGAGAGAUCUAUCAUUGCUAACCAGCUAGGCGGAGAUGUCAUCUUACCUUCCCUACCCUCAAUCAACCUCUACCUCACCACCUAUUUCAACCUCUUCCAUCAUCAUCUCCCAUUUCUACAUCCUGUCACGUUCCGUCCUGAAAGCAGCGAGCCCGCUCUUCUCCUCGCCAUACUGUCUAUCGGCUCUUUGUACAACUUCGAGCAAGAACAAGCGUACUUGCUGCACCAUGGCUCCAAGAAGCUUGUCAAUCAAUUCCUGCAAAACAAAGAGAAUUUCGAUUCGCGAAAAUGCCCCCUCUGGACCAUGCAGAGCACACUCCUCAACAUGGUGUUUGAGAGCUGGAGUGGAGGCUCUCAAGGCUUGGAAUGGGCAUGCUCUAUCAAGAGCUUGCUUGCUAAUAUGGUUGCUGGCAACAAAUACGAGCUCAAGUUACGGAUUGAUGGACGGUCAGGAGCCCCACCAACACACGAAGAGUGGGUUGUAGAGGAGGGUUGCCGACGGACUUACUAUGCCGUCUACAUCUUCUUCGGUAUGCUUACUCUGACGUACAACCACACCCCGGCGAUCAGUUUCAACGAGUUCGACUCACUACCACUGCCGUCAUCUGAAUCAUUAUGGAAUAUCGAGCCUACGGAUGAGGAUGCUUGGCAAGAUAUCUUUGCCGCAUCACCUACGAUCACCGUGCGGGAAGCGUACGACAGCCUUUUCCAAGGAGAUGCAGCACGAUAUAGCGCCUUUGCAACUCGCGUCAUGGUCAAUGCGCUCUUCCUUGAGGUUUGGAAUCUUAGAAGGAGCUUCGAAUCUCUGCAGGACGUGGUUCUAGAAUGGAAGAUCCGUAUAGCCUUGGAAACCUGGGAGCGAUCUCUCGAUCUGUGCGAGCCUGAGACCAUCGUCGUACCGCUCAGCACGCCUCACAAAAGUCAUCCAUUGAUCUUCAAUUCCAUGGCGGUCUACCGCAACACUCGAGCCUUCCUUGAAGUCGAUCUCAAGAACGUUCAAGAAGCACUACGAUAUCAUAACUCGUUUGAGAUUGCAGCCGCCAUGUCAUUGUCUCGAGACAGCGUCAAGAGAACAAAGGAGAUGAUCAAAGUCAUCGAGCAAUGCUACGAUUGUAUGGAGAUUGUUGCGAUGCAGGGAAUUAAUUGGGUCACAAAAACAUCUUCAACGAAUUGGAGUAUCGAGCAUCCUCUGUGUGGUCUGGAGCUCAUCAGCAUCCUCAGCUUAUGGCUAUACCGCAUUGAACAUGACGACCAGGAAGCUACCGAUGAAGAGCUUGCUAUGUACAUGAAAGUUCGUGGCCUUUUUGAUGACGACGCUGUGGAGGCCAACGGAUCAAGACUGAGCUCGACUGUUGCUAGGGUUUGGGGCACAAUGCUGGACGGCGUGGUCGUUUGGGGUAUCUCAAAGACCAUGGGCGAAUCAUUCAAACUCCAUGCUCAAGCUCUGAUCGGCUAUGUCGAUGAACUUCACAUUGAUCCUGUCACGGGUAUGCCCCAAGUUACCGAUCAGGGCUUGAUGGGCAUGGGGACAGCAUAUUAA